AUGACCGAGAACGACACAGAACCAGACGCCCUGGCGUCUACAGCUGAUGCUACGGGAAAUUCUACAUCUGAGAUUAUCGACAAUAUGGCCAGGCGGAUGGCGUCACAAACAGGCACCCGCACCCCGCCGUCCAGGCCUACAAAGAAUACCUUGUCAUUCCCAGAAACGACCGGGAACCGCUCGCAUUACCGCAAUAUUUCAGAGGCCGUUGACCCCGUAGCUUUGGCAAGCGCUCUAAAGGACUAUGAUGAGGCUGGUCGCCGACGAGAACGUACCCCCGGAACGAGCCCAAGCCGUAAGAGACAACGAGUCUAUGGAGAUAGGUUCAUUCCCAAUCGCGAGGGUCAAGAUCUUCAGGCUACCUAUAGCUUGUUGGGCGAGGAGGGUUGUUCAUCAACGCCAUCACGAACAAAAAAGCGGGCUCCACACGGUGAACUGCAUUUUCAGCGCACCGAAGAAGCCAAUCGUACAUAUUCCCGUGUUCUGCGAAGCGAACUGUUCGGCAGCUCUGUGCCGCAGCCUGAUCCAGAUGCAGAUGCUUAUCUUAAUUUCAGUACUACGGCCCAUGACCCAACUCGCUCUCAUACACCCCCGCCUGCUUCCAUGACGCCUUCCACCCCUUCCAAAAACAUUCUCAAUUACUCUUCACCUCGAGCUGGGUCUGGUCACCUUACCCCAUCGAAAACACCACGAAGUCAGCGUGGACCAAAUCUAAACCCGCGAUCUGAGCUUUACAGCUUAUCGCCUAUUCAUUAUAAUAGCCAGAGGAUUCUGGAGACCCCGCGAAAACAACCCCGCAUGUUGCACAAGGUUCCAUAUAAGGUCUUGGAUGCUCCAGACUUGCAAGAUGAUUUCUAUUUGAAUCUAGUGGACUGGGGAAGCACGAAUAUCCUGGGUGUGGGCUUGGCUAAUUCAGUCUAUAUGUGGCACUCCCAGUCGGGUCGCGUUACGAGGCUUUGUGAACUCAAGGAUGAUACUGUCACGAGCGUCAGUUGGAUUCAGCGCGGAACGCAUAUUGCCAUCGGUACUGGGAAAGGGCUAGUUCAGAUUUGGGAUGCUGAGAGCUGUCGACGCUUGCGAACUAUGAUCGGUCAUCACAAUCGAGUUGGUGCGCUGGCAUGGAACGAUCAUAUCCUGACAUCCGGAGGACGCGAUAGAUUAAUAUUCCACCGAGAUGUUCGCUCACCUGACCAGUUCCUACGCCGGCUAUCAGGUCACAAACAAGAAGUUUGCGGUCUGAAAUGGAAUACCGAAGAUGGCCAACUUGCAUCGGGGGGCAAUGACAACAAACUCAUUGUCUGGGACAAACUCAAUGAGGCGCCGCUCCAUCGGUUUUCGGAGCACACAGCAGCAGUGAAGGCCAUUGCUUGGUCGCCACAUCAGCAUAAUCUUCUAGCAUCGGGCGGGGGAACUGCAGACCGCACUAUCAAGUUCUGGAACACCAGCACUGGCCAACUAAUUCGCGAAUUAGACACUGGAAGUCAGGUGUGUAACUUGGGCUGGUCGAAGAAUUCAGACGAGCUCAUUAGUACGCAUGGGUAUAGCCAGAAUCAAAUAGUGAUCUGGAAGUAUCCGCGUAUGGAACAGAUCAUAUCCCUGACUGGGCAUACAUAUCGUGUGCUUUAUUUGGCAAUCAGCCCUGAUGGGCAGACUAUUGUGACAGGCGCAGGUGAUGAAACCCUGCGGUUCUGGAAGAUUUUCGACACACAGAAGGGCCACGAAUGGAGAAGGGGCAGCAGACUGGCUGAAUUGAGCACAAUACGAUAG